CAGGGUCCUUGCAGGGUAGAAGGAAUAAACAGUCACUCAGUCCAAAGCCCAGCAAGUAAGUGGAACUUACCACAGAAAAUUGUGCUCAUCUGUGAAGUACACAACCACUGUGUGACAAACACUGCCAGUGCUCAGGUACACGGUCUGUACCCUGCACACACAGCAGCUCUGCAUACAGACCAUGUUGUCAGCACUAUCCCCUCACAGCACACCAACCAGCAGUGUCCUACAGACCCACUUCACUAGGUAGUGUGACAGGCAUCAGUUCCACUUAUUACAGACUUUCAAAUUUGAAUUCCUCUGGGGCUUUGCUGACCUCCAGAGCAAACCCUUGCAGACAGAGAAUUACACCGCUGUACCGAUAGCAAAAUCAGCCCUUCAGUUUGUUCCUCGUGAGCUUAGAAUAGAAAAGCUGAAGCAUUAUUCCAUCCCUCCUUCUCCUGGUCACAUCCCUGACCGCUGGUACACGACCAACGCAUUUCGCAGCCACACUGAUCCCUUUGGGGAGGAAGGUGUGACUCUGCCCCAGUCCCGCUCAGCCGUCAGCAUGAUGCAGGCGCCUCCGAGGGCUGCUCAGGAGCGCGGUGGCACAGCGGCUGUCCCUGUCGCCCAGCUCCUGCCGAGCCUCCCCUGUCUCUCCGUGCUGGGAGAGAACAGCGAGUCCUGCAGCCUGCAGGUGUCUCCCAGCAGAGGAAGCUGCAGAGCCCCUGGGGAUCAUGUGUGGUACCCGAGCAGAUGUUGACUUGCUCUCGGUGCUCUUGGUGAGACAGACCCUCUCUGAUCCUCUCACCGCCUGCAAGAGGACGGCCGCACUCCCGCGCCUGCAGCUGCUCCUUUAACAUACAAAGGCAGGAUUUCAAGUGAAGAGAAGAAUGGGAGUCUGGCUGCAGCGUUUCCUUCACUGCUACAACAGCAGAUUGGAAGAAGCUGAGAGUUUUGGUGCCUGGAAAACUGGAUUCUGAAUCGUGAGAGGCUUUGAAACACCACCCCCGCCCCCAAAUAAAACAAAAACCUUUGACUUCUUCUCUCAGCAGGAGGGGGAGGGAGGGCGGAUUUACCAUGAAGACAAAUCGAAGAUGCAGAGCCCUGCUAGCAGUGAGUCUGAAUCUGAUGGCUCUCCUCUUUUCUACAACAGCUUUUAUCACGACCCACUGGUGUGAGGGCACGCAGAGGGUCCCCAAGCCGAGCUGUGGGAAAGAGAAGAAGACAAACUGCCUCAACUACAGUGGGAAUGAGACUGCCAAUGAGACAAACCAGAAUGUGGUUCAUUACAGCUGGGAGACGGGAGAUGACCGCUUCCUUUUCAGGUAUUUCCACACUGGGAUCUGGUACUCCUGUGAGGAAAAUAUCAAUGCUGCUGGUGAAAAAUGUCGAAGUUUUAUUGACCUUGCUCCGGCUUCUGAAAAAGGUGUCCUAUGGUUGUCAGUAGUAUCUGAGGUGUUAUACAUCAUGCUGUUAGUCGUCGGAUUCAGCCUUAUGUGCCUCGAGCUCUUUCAUUCAAGCAGUGUAAUAGAUGGGCUCAAGUUAAAUGCCUUUGCUGCUGUCUUCACUGUGCUUUCAGGUCUCUUGGGGAUGGUGGCACACAUGAUGUAUACUCAAGUGUUCCAAGUGACAGUCAGCCUCGGGCCAGAGGACUGGAGGCCACAUUCCUGGGACUAUGGAUGGUCCUUCUGUCUGGCAUGGGGUUCUUUCACCUGCUGCAUGGCGGCCUCCGUUACUACCUUGAACUCUUACACUAAGACUGUCAUUGAGUUCAGACACAAGCGCAAAAUCUUUGAGCAGGGCUUUCGAGAAGAACAGAACUUCCUAGACCAGGAAGCCAUCAAGUACUUCAGAGAAAGGACUGAGGAGGAGAGGGCUGAGGCUGGGGACCUGAGGUUACAGUGCCUCCAUAGCUGCUCCCCAAAUAGGCUUCACAACACCCAGCUCUAAAUGUCACUAGCACACAGAGGAACAGGAGUGACCAUAAUACUCAGAAAAUACCCCCAUUUGCUAUGUCAAGCUCUUCUAGCAACAUAUCAAGCAGCUCUUCACUUUCAUCAGAACCAACCUGCCAGAUCUCCAUGGUUCAGGAUCAAGCCCAGCUGGACAUUGUUUCCAUCUCUAGGUUGGCCCCAGGAGAAUCACCAAGCCCUCAACCAUUUGAGCAAAGAAAAAAAAGCUUAGCAAUAUCAUGUUCCAGCCAACUCGGUACAAGGACUCCUCCAGCAUCUUGCCCAGCCAGCCCCAGGCUCAGUCUAACACCCAGCUCAGCCAAGCCUCAGCAAUACUCGGACUCCUCUCCGGCCAGUCCAGGGACCAAUGCUGCUUCCUUCUAUGCCCUCCGUCCUCAAACAGCACAAAGCUUGGAAGCUUCAGCAUCAGAUUACACAUUGACCCCAACCAGGAAAAGCACAAGGCCUCCAACAACGACUCCUGAAGAUAGUUCCCAAUCUCCUGGCUCUUCUCAAACUGGAUUAAGAACUAUAGGAAAGGGGUUUCAAUCACAUCUGGAAGAUCCUGAUCAUGAAAGGAGAUUUGUAACCACAGAGGAAUUCCAAGCCAUGGAGAAAGAACUAGAAGAUGUAAAAGAUGAACUGAAAUGCUUGAAGUGGAAAGUGAGACACAUUGGUGAGACUGUGCAGCCCCUGGCAGAAGACAGCAAGCGCUACAACGGCUACACCCUGACAGAGCUCAAGGCAAUGGUGCAAUCUGAGGAAGAUCCUUACAAAGCUGCACACAAAAUCCUGACUGCACUCUUCAGUGAUGUGUACUUGCUGCAGCACUCGGUCACCGAACAGGCAAGCAAUGCCAGAUCUCUGCCCAGGCCCAAAAUAGACCCAGAGUUGUACACAGUGUAUUGUGACAUUCUGAAAAGCAUAUUCCCUGGAAUUAGCAGCCAGACCUUGAGGGAACAGACACAACACAUGCAGAAAAGCACCCAGAAAGAAGCGCAAUAACACCAGAGCCCACAAAACCUUCUGCAAAGUGAGAAGUCCCUUACGACUUUUGAGCAGUGGAGUGUGGUGUGUACUGCUGGUUGAGUCUAUCCCUUCUAGGAACGAAUCAUCCAUAACACCUUGGUGAGCUCUGAGCCCUUCACAUCACCUGAUGAGACAGGGUGGGAAGACAUUCUGCAUACUUACCACAUUUUAGAGAAAAACGCCCCCUUAGUGUCUCUUUCUAUCUUUCAAUAUUUGGAUGCUUCCUUGUUUCCAGCAACUACAAAUGCUGCCAAAAGAAUUGAAACAAGGCAUCGUGUGCUCAAGCAAGGGCCUCCCCAACCCCAAACAGACCUACCAACCAACCAGCAUCUGGGUAGUUUCUAUUUUCUAGACUACACCAUUCAUUAAA